GGUGCUAGAGAGUUGGACAAGACAUCCUCUUCAUUCUUUACACAGAAUUUGAGGAUUGAGGUGUUUUUUGUGUUCUUUAACAGUGCUUUCAAUUUGGAUUGCGAAGCAUCUUUUGAACUAAGAAAAAGGCAACUCAGGAAGAAGAAUACAGGACCAGGAAUGACAGUAAGCCUCAGAUUUACUGUAGAGGAAAGGAAGAGGAACAAAAUAAUAUUCAAAGAAGUUCAUAUAUUUGCUUCAGGCUUCAUGCUGUAGGCUAUGGGAGGACUAUGGUAACAAAUGAGUCAUAGAAACUCACUCAUACGACCACAUAUUAUCAUUGACUCAGUGAAUAAGGUAAACCGUUUAAUAGUCACUGUGCUCUCUGCCACACAAAAUUUAUAUUGUAAAGACGUAGGUGAUAUAUAGAUAUACAUACAGUAUAUACACAUAAAAGUCCAGCAGACACACAUACAUUCACACAGGGACAAAUACAUAGACUUAAAGAACAUAAAGAACCAACACCCACACAAACUCCCAGAGGCAGCCAUGAGGGUUGUAUUGGUGCUAGGAGGCCUAACUAUCCUGGUCUCUAUGGGCCUGGCCCUGAUCGUCUUUGGCCAGCCCCUGACAGAAGCCAAGCUGACCCUGCAGAACCUGCAUCUGGAUCAGAUGCAGAGGGCGCGCGUCAACCAACUCAAGGAGAGGCAGUGGGUGGAAAACCUGCUGAAGGGGCAGUUAGACUCGAAGAAGAAGAAUGUGGAGGAGAUGGAGGCAGACGUGAAGAAACUGACCGAAGAGGAGGGGAAGAAGAAGACUGAGGUCGAGGCCUGCCAGGCAGAGAAGAAACAAAAGGAGGAAGUACUUGCACCCAUACAGAAGGAGCAGAGUGAUAUUGAAGCGACGUUCAAAACUGAAAAGGAGGCUUGGACUGGGGAGGUCACCACACUCAAACAGCAGUUGGAGCAGAGGAGCAAAGUGUGUGGUUUUGUGAAGGACUCAACAGAUACAGCGAAAUUAUGUCCACCCAAAGAAGGAGCAGCAAAAGCUGAAGCGGCCCCUGUAAAAGCUGAAGCGGCCCCUGUAAAAGCUGAAGCGGCCCCUGUAAAAGCUGAAGCAGCCACUGUAAAAGCUGAAGCGGCCCCUGUAAAAGCUGAAGCGGCCCCUGUAAAAGCUGAAGCUGCCCCUGUAAAAGCUGAAGGUGCCCCUGUAAAAGCUGAAGCUGCCCCUGUAAAAGCUGAAGCGGCCCCUGUAAAAGCUGAAGCGGCCCCUGUAAAAGCUGAAGCGGCCCUUGUAAAAGCUGAAGCGGCCCCUGUAAAAGCUGAAGUGGCCCCUGUAAAAGCUGAAGCAGCCACUGUAAAAGCUGAAGCGGCCCCUGUAAAAGCUGAAGCUGCCCCUGUAAAAGCUGAAGAGGCUCCUGUAAAAGCUGAAGUGGCCCCUGUAAAAGCUGAAGCUGCCCCUGUAAAAGCUGAAGAGGCCGCUGUACAAGGUGAACCUGCAUCUGUAAAAGUUGAAGCAGCUGCUGUUUAAAGCUGAAGCCGGCCCUGCUCCAAAGCACUAAACGGCUAAAAUUUCUCUCAGAAUAACAUUAAUGGUGUGUAGUCAUUCAUUCAUGAUGCACACUCAUUUUUAUGUUUUUUUUUUGUGGGUAAUCUUGGCAACCCCAUGUAAAUUACACCAUUUAUGUUAUGUAGUCUGUACACAAAAGAUUAGGCUGUGGGCAUUGUCAAUGUGUCAGUUUGGCACACUAUGUAGCCUAAAGAAAUUAGGUGCUGUUCGUUUUUAAAAACUAUGAAUAUCUUAUCAGUUUUUAAAUAAAUGUUUUUUGUUUUUCAUUUACAUUUUUAUAAAGCCUUUUAGUUAGGCACAGAAAACAUGGAAAGAGAAACCACUGCCUUUCCCUGUUGAUGGUUCUGUGAUGAAGAGGGAGGAACUCCUAUCAAACCUGCACAGUUCAAUACCAAUAUAACUUAGACCAUUAAAGCUUUAAUACAGCUUACCUUAUCAUCACCAUCAUUGACUGCCAGGGUAAAACAUAAUAUUGUAACGCUGUUGGGUGUAAUCUGCCAGGGUAAAAUGGAGCCGGCUGGUGGACGAGUAAUAUGUAAACGUAGGGUGACAGUGAGCCACCAGCAAAAUAACCAUAGACGAGAUGAUGACAAUGGCUUAUUAAUAGGCAUAAAUAAAUAGUAUUUCUAUGAUUGCAGUCCUCAAAGAUUGAAUUGCAAUGAAUCAGAUUCAGGCGCAGUUUUUUGUGCUUUGGAAUGUUCAGUAUUCCUGGGAUACCAUGCUGUCACCAUGUAAAUGAUAUAAAAACAUUUAUAAAACGGGUUGUUUGGAUCCUGGAUGCUGACUGGUUGAUAGGGAGUUAUAGCACAACAAUCCCCGCAUUCACCGGGUAAUGCCUGUUAAGAGUUCAAUUUGAUUCAUCAAUGCGCAUCCACUAUCCACUAGCCUGACUGACGCGACUCACGGUACCACACAGGAAGGAAGAGCUGUGACUCACUGGUCUGGGAAGGAGGCUGUUUAUUAAUGCAAUAUUCACUCAGAAAUUCAGCAGAAGGAUUGAUUGGUUGAGACCUCUCCUUGUUUGGAUUUGAAAAUCCAACAUUUGUAAUGGAAGGGGGCGGCACUCAGGGGCUUUGUGUGGCUGUGGCUGUAUGUGUUUGAGUGAGACAACAUCAAAACAGCCUUUCCAGACUCUCAAGUCAGGAGGACUUUGAGUUUGGAAUCAGCCAGACUACUGUCCCACAACCCAGCCAGUCAAUUUAUAUUAUAGCCUUAACAUCAUCUCCCCCGUUAAAAAGUAUCUAAACAAUUUCCCCCCAUGCUACUAGGUUAGCAUUUAGUUUGCAACAGUUAGGGUUUGUCUAAACCUUGCUGCCUGCUUCUCUGACCUGUGGAAGGUUUAUUGCGAUCUCCUCCGUGCCAUGCAUAUGAACGUGAAGUGACUGACAGUUUCUCUGAGCCAGACAAAUUCAUUUAUCAGGAUCAUUAUAAUGGAUAUAUCCAAAGAAAUUGCAAAAGAAACAAACAAAUGUAAAACAAAGGAAAGUACACAUAGGUACUGUCAUUUCAGCUGCUUUCUUUAGUUGGCUACAGCAAAGGAGAUGUACAGUAGCUAUCCUGGAGCUACAUGCCAAUGAUUUGUUUAGCAUAGCAAUCAUUGCAAAAAAUAAUGGAUAGAAUGAACGACCAGCCCAUUUAGCUAACAACUUAAGACCUCAUAAUUAUUUAAAAAAUGUUUGCAUUUUAUCGCACCUACAGUAUGGUUUUUAUGAUCAUGGGACAUUUCCCACUAAAUACACCCACACUCCUAUUCAAAUAGUCAUCUCUACUACUCAGCUGUUGUUGUCUUUUCACUUGCUUGAGGAAAUGCAGUAGAUAUUUACUGAAGUGGGAAUGAGAUCUUGGACUUUGAUCCAACUGACAAUGAUGUGCUUGAAGUUGUAUUUCCAUCACAGUAACGAUGAUGCACUGGGUACUCUGAUCAUGAUGUGUAAUAAAUUAAUGUUGCGGUUUUUCUUUGC